AUGAGGUCUUACACUAUCAUGAGAAAUGGGAGGGGUAAUCCUAAACCAGAGAGGCAGAUUACAGCUUUUGGUAAUGCUGUUAAUGAUUGUGAACUGAGGGAUUUGGGAUUCAUAGGCCAGAAAUUCACUUGGAGCAAUUGUCAGGGGGGUGGGCAGUGUGUUUUGGAGAGGUUAGAUAGGGCCCUAGUGAAUGACCCAUGGGGUAGUCGAUUUCCUUUUGCCUCUGUUGUUCAUGGCCUGGCUACUUAUUCGGACCAUGUCCCAAUUUGGAUAAGUACUGACUCUGAGGAGGGUUUUGUCAAGAACAAGAAUCUUUUCCGGUUUGAACCUAUGUGGGUUGGGGAAAAGGGCUGUGAUGAUAUUAUUGCUAGUAUUUGGCGGACGGGUGGGUCAGUUAGUUGUAUGGAUUCUGCGGUUGAUUUCAUUGAGGAUAGUGGAGUUAAUUUAAAGAGGUGGAAUUCCAAUUCUUUUGGGAAUGUUCAAAAGAAAUUGGUUAUGGCCAAACGGCAGAUGACUUUGUUAUAUGAGAAAGACCCACUGGGAACUGAUAAGGAGGCUCAUUAUGAGGCUCGUGAAAAGGUGCAAAAGUGGAUGGAAAGGGAUGAGUUGAUGUGGAAACAAAGGUCAAAAGUGUUGCGGUUGAAAGAGGGAGAUUCCAAUUUGAAAUACUUUCAUAUGAAGGCUUCUCAAAGGCGUCGAAAGAAUAGGUUAGUGAGAAUCAAGGAUGGUAAUGGGUCUUGGCAUACUGGUGAUCAGAGAGACCGGGUUAUUGUUAGCUAUUUUGAAGAUCUUUUUAGAAGUUCCAAUCCCAAUGGUUCUCUUGACUUUUUGAGGUCCCUUACUGGUAAAAUUACUGCAUCAAUGAAUGAAGAUCUCUGUAAAGUCUAUAUUGAGCCUGAGGUGUCUGCUGCUUUGUCACAAAUGCAUCCUCAAAAAGCCCCUGAUAAUGUGCUGAUAGCUUAUGAAUUGAUUCAUUUUCUUAAGCAUAAAAGGAGAGGGAAGAAGGGUUAUAUGUCAGUCAAAUUGGAUAUGAGUAAGGCGUAUGAUCGGGUUGAAUGGGGUUUUAUUAGGGCUGUUAUGAAUAGGAUGGGGUUUGAGAAGACUUUUACAGAUCUGGUCAUGUCUUGUAUCAGUUCAGUUUCUUACUCAGUUUUAAUUAAUGGGGUUCCUAAAGGACCUAUUGUGCCUAGUAGGGGACUGAGACAAGAGGAUCCAUUAUCCUUCUAUCUCUUUCUCCUUUGUACAGAAGGGCUGAUUGCUCUACUGAAAGAGGCUGAGACAAGAAAACAGAUUUCAGGGAUUAAAAUCUGCCACGAGGCACCAAAAAUUACUCAUCUGCUCUUUGUAGAUGAUAGUUUGAUUUUUUGCAAGGCAGCGGUGGAGGAAGUCAGAAGAUUACAAGCUCUUUUAGCCACUUAUGAAAGUGUGUCGGGUCAGAAGAUUAAUAAAGAAAAAACUAGUUAG